CCAUGGUAACAACCGUCUAAACUUUCAUGAAGUAUUCAUCUCCUUAUUAUUGAAAGUCUUUUCUUCGAUUUUCCAUUUGUAAGCCCGCCUUAUUAUUUGGUAUCGUAUCAUACUCAAUUGGAUUGUACCCCUCGAUAUAAUGCUAGUCUGCAAAUAAAUGUUGCAUGGUUCUGCUCGUUUCUUUGUGACUUGGUUUCAUGAAAAUGAAAACCAGAAGCCUCGUAUCAAACGACCCAAUUCUCCAAAAGUUGCAAAAAUGCUACAACCUCAACACCCUUAAGCAAGCCCAUGCUCAAGUGGUAGCAACUGGCCUUUCACUCCAGACAUACUAUCUGAGCCACCUCCUUAACACAUCCUCCAAAUUUUCCUCCACCUAUGCAAUUACCAUCUUUAACCGUAUCCCAAGCCCAACAGUUUUCCUAUACAAUACACUCAUUUCUUCAUUCUCUCGUCACAAGGACCAAAUUCAUCUAGCCUUCUCACUUUAUAACCAGAUUCUCGUCCACAAGACCCUUCAACCCAAUAGCUUCACUUUUCCCUCCCUCUUCAAGGCUUGUGGCUUUGGUUCAUGGCUCCAAUAUGGUCCUUCCCUCCAUGCCCAUGUUUUAAAAUUCCUUCAACCCCCUUAUGACCACUUUGUGAACAAUUCACUGCUCAAAUUCUAUGCCGAAUAUGGAAAAUUGUGUGUGUCUAGAUAUUUGUUCAAUCAAAUCAAUGAACCUGACCUGGUCAUAUGGAAUACCAUGUUGGCUGCCUACGCAAAAAGUGCAAGUCAUGUUAGUGACUCAACAAGUUUACAAGACGCUGAUAUGUCAUUAGAGGCAUUGUAUUUGUUCAGAGACAUGCAGUUGUCUCAGAGAAAGCCUAAUGAAGUUACACUUACUGCAUUGAUCACUGCAUGUUCUAAUUUAGGUGCACUGAGUCAGGGUGCUUGGGCACAUGGUUAUGUGUUAAGGAACAAUCUUGAACUGAAUCUAGUCGUGGGAACUACGCUGGUGGAUAUGUAUUCUAAAUGUGGAAGUCUGAAUCUAGCAUGCCAGUUGUUUGAUCAGCUGACUGAAAGGGACACGUUUUGCUACACUGCCAUGAUUGGGGGGUUUGCAAUUCAUGGUCAUGGGGGUCAGGCACUUGAACUGUAUAGAAAGAUGAAACUUGAGGGCCUAGUUCCUAGUGAUGCAACUAUUGUAGUUACUAUGUAUGCCUGUUCUCAUGGUGGAUUAGUAGAAGAGGGCCUCGCAAUUUUCGAGUCCAUGAAGAGUGUUCACGGAAUGGAGCCGAAUCUUCAGCAUUACGGAUGCUUAAUUGAUCUUCUUGGUCGAGCUGGGAGAUUAAAGGAGGCAAAAGAGAGGUUAGAGGCUAUGCCCAUGAAACCAAAUGCAAUUUUGUGGAGGUCUUUACUUGGUGCAGCAAAACUUCAUGGCAACAUAGAGAUCGGGGAAACUGCUCUCAAAUACUUAAUAGAGCUAGAACCAGAAACAAGUGGAAGCUAUGUUCUUCUGUCUAAUAUGUAUGCUAGCAUUGGUCAGUGGAAUGAUAUGAAGAGAAUGAGGAUGAAGAUGAAGGAUCGUGGGGUUGACAAGUUGCCUGGGUUUAGUUUAGUGGAUAUUAAUGGUGCCAUGCAUGAAUUUCUCACAGGUGACAAAGCUCACCCUCUUUCAAACGAAAUAUAUAUGAAGAUAGGGGAGAUAAAUAGAAGAUUACAAGAAUAUGGUCACAAACCAAGAACAUCAGAAGUUUUGUUUGAUGUAGAAGAAGAAGAUAAGGAAGAUGUCCUUUCUUACCACAGUGAAAGGCUGGCUAUAGCGUUUGCACUAAUAGCAUCUCCUUCAAGUUUUCCUAUAAGAAUUAUAAAAAACCUAAGAGUUUGUGGGGAUUGCCAUGCUAUUACCAAGCUAAUAUCAGUGGCAUAUAAAAGAGAUAUUAUUGUUAGAGAUCGAAAUCGGUUUCACCAUUUUAAGGACGGGAGUUGUUCUUGUCUAGACUACUGGUGAUACCUUGCUCAACUUACAACAAAGUUUAUACCUGAAAGAAACGUGCAAUUUUGUUUAGCAGA